AUGUCUCGUGAAAGACCUCCAUUAAAAGAAAUUUGUUUGAACUUUAUAAAAAUUACAAAAAGUGACAAAUAUCGUCAAACAACACCUCAUCAAAAGUCUUCCAAAAAAUGUAAAAAAUUUGCUAAACCUUCAAGUUCUGGUUUUACAGUAUUAUUAAGCAAAUUAGAUAUAGAUAAUUUAUUAGCAAAAUUCUUUUUUUCACCUAGAAUUCCUUUUAUAGCAAUAGAAAACCCUUUUUGGGAAGAAUUUAUUGAAGCUUCUAAUAUUAGACAAGAAUCUGUUUUAAAUUUUAUUCUUUGUCUUCCACAACUAAUAUUUUAUAAUGCAAAGUAUUCUGAGUCUGAAUCACAUACUGCAGAAUAUAUUUACAAUGAGUUUAAGACAAUUAUAAAACAUGUUGGCUCUUUCAAGUUUGCUGAGAUCAUAACAGACAAUAUAAGUUCAAUGAGAGCAGCUUGGAGAUUGUUAAAUCAAGAUUAUUCUCAAUUAAUAUGUUUGGGUUUGAUUACAAAUCUUUUAGAUUCAAAACAAAAUGAUCUAGAAGAUAUUAUUAUUCUGUAUUUUGAAAAUACUUAUACAUUAGAAAUUGCAGCAUAUAUUUACGGAGUAAUUCAAAAAUAUAUUGUCAAAGCUGAUGAAUUUUCUGAACUAUUACUAUGGACAUCCGUUAAGCAUUCAAGUCCAAUUAGCUGGUGGCAAUCAAAUUUUUUGAAUAAAUUUUCUCCUGUAGUUGAACUUGCUUGCCGGGUUCUCUUACUGCCAGCCUCUUCUGCUGCUGCAGAACAUUGCUGGUCCAAUUUCGGGUUCAUCCAUAAUAAGUAUCAUGCACGCUUAGAUAAUAAUCGGGUAAAAAAACUUGUGACUGUUUACCAAAAUCUGAGAAUCCAAAAAGAAAUCAAAGAUGAUAGUUGGUUUGAUGAUGAUAAUAGUAAUAAUAAUUUGGAAAGAUAA